GGCCGAAACAGACGCGUCAAACAUCAUGAUGACGUAAAUAGACAUGACUCCCACGUGAUAUUGUGCCAAAAGCAGCGAUCUCACGAGUCCCUUACGACCAUGGCACCAAAAGAGCUGACGCGACAGCAGAUAUCUUCACGUUUGCAGUACAGCGCGACCACUCCAAAGUUUCUACAGAAACUGCAAAAUCGCAUCUCUGGGAUACCUGACGAAGAAGACUACGACUACGAUGAUGAGUUUGAACCCGACGACGGAUCAGGGCGACCGCCCAUUCCACGACGACCUGCAAUUCCUGAAAGACCAGCCGAAGAUCCUGGGAGUGCUGAUGAAGACGACGCUGAUGAGAAGCCUCAAGUUGUUGUACUACGAGAAGGGAAGCACCUGACGGAACGAGAGGCUGAGAACGUUCGACGGCAAGAACGCGGACUAGCACCACUUCCCGAUCCAUCGGAACCUUCCUCGUCGUCCAAGUCCGAUCUGGGACCUAAGGAGGAUGGCGACAAAUCGAAUCAGAAAGUCAAAGCGCCCGCACCCAGUCUGUCUUUCUCAUCCACGAAGAACGGUUUCAAAACUGGCGCAGCAAAGAGGAAAGCCAACGCUCUAGCCAGCAAGGCGGAAGAUCACCAACCAAAGAAGAAGAAACACAAGAAAGAUGCAAAAAAGACUCUGCUCUCUUUCGGCGAUGAAGCAUAAUCCUGGCGCGGCAGUGCUCUCAGGUCGAGCCCGGAGACUUCACAAGGCCUAGAUCCUGCCGUCUUUGAGCCACGCGACUUCCAUAUACCCAUCCGCGGAGUCACUGUCACCGCAUGUACAUCGCAAUAAUCCUUGCUUCCAAAUUUUCGAAAUAUCUCACCUGGGACACCGAAAUCCUGCACGGAACUACUGACCUAUUCAUGUAUCAUGUACUGCUUGCUCCCAUCAGCUAUACCCCUCCAUGUCGUUGCACACCAAUCUGAAUUGUGUUCACUUCAGGCUUUU